CUCUAGGUAGAGUUCAUGACGUCAAUCUUCGGGGCCAAGUCGCACGACCAGUUUGAACUGCUAGCUCGCUGUAAGAAGGGAAGAAGAAGAGGAAGAAGAGGCGACACUGGUCUCUCGAACUGUUCCUCGAUCGGUUCUGAUAUGUGUACAUUUUUACCGGCCGGCACUCGUACCGCCGCCAUGUGUAUCCAAACUGUUCUCUCGUCUGAUCGUGUGUCAUACAUCGGUGGACAGGUUUGUCUAUAUAUAUAAAGAUUGAGGUUAAUUAAAUUUGUGAUCAAACAGUGUGUCAAAUAAGAAAAGGUGAACGGGUUCGCUUGUUGAGAUUGAUGAAUUGAUAAAAAUGAUUGAAUACGACAAAGAAUAGAAAAAAGAGCUUAGAGUGUCGUGAAGACCAGUCAAUAUAAUCGCACACCUGGUGCCAGUGAUAAGUAGUGUGCAUGGAAGCGAAUGCAAGUCGUGCAGUGGAGACUCGCGAUGGAACUCGGUUGUUCGGUGACAAUACCUUGGUCGAUCGGGAAGCCCCCACAGUUAUCCGCCUUCUCAGUGCUGAACCUUAGCUUGGACAUUAUAUCUUAGAUAUCUUAUCCAAUCGCGCGAAUUUGUGGUAGUUCGAUUGAAUAGAGGCCAAAAAAGAUACGUGCACGAAUAUAAUUAGGAGAUCGAUAAACAGGUUGUGACAAUGGUGCAUGUUCUGUGAAAAUCUAACGAAAAAAAUAUUAAAGUGACAAUAAGGCAGAUAAGUGUUAUGAACUGGAAAGUUAUAUUCUGAGGAUUAAAAGGGAUCGAAGGAAAGAACAUUUGAACGAAGAGGAAUAGCAAAGUGCACGGACGUUCGAUGAUAUCGUGUAUAGUGCAACGAGGAAAACAACGAACGACGAAGCCGUUGUGUUUGGAUACUUGACGCGGUCGCUACUGCGCGUCGUGAAAACAUCGACGCCAGAAGAGAAAUGGGAAACCACCCGUCCGCCCACCAACCGCUCGAGAGAGCUACCAACCAUGCUGGAAAUGGUCUUCGCCUCUCGAAGCGAGAGAGGUCACCGGGAAAAAGAAUGGACCGACUUCGACGAAGUUUUCGUGAUAGCUUUCGACGGCGGAAAGAUCCUCAUGUGCCGGAAUCAAGUAAACCGCAUCAAUGGCAGGCGGACGAAACGGCUGUCCGCUCGGCCACGUGUGCUUUCCAUGUUAAGUACCUGGGAUGUGUUGAGGUGUUCGAAUCAAGGGGUAUGCAAGUGUGCGAGGAAGCUCUAAAAGUACUUAGGAACUCGAGGCGGCGGCCGGUACGCGCGGUGCUGCACGUAUCAGGAGACGGUUUGCGGGUGGUUGAAGAUGAGACAAAAGGGCUGAUCGUCGAUCAGACGAUAGAGAAAGUUUCCUUUUGUGCUCCGGAUCGAAAUCACGAGAAAGGGUUCAGUUACAUCUGUAGAGACGGCACGACCAGACGAUGGAUGUGCCAUGGAUUUUUGGCAUUGAAAGAAUCGGGAGAACGCUUGAGUCAUGCAGUUGGAUGUGCUUUUGCUGCGUGUCUGGAAAGAAAGCAACGAAGGGACAAGGAAUGCGGUGUCACGAUGACGUUCGAUUCGAAAACUUCAACCUUCACGAGGAGCGGCAGUUUCAGGCAGCCAUCUUUAACCGAGCGAUUGCAGGAUUCGCGCGAACGCGCCGUAGAUGUACCACCUAUAAAGCAAGUCUACAAUCCUUUUGCGAUAGAGAGACCACACGCUACCCCGUCGAUGCUCGAAAGACAAGGUUCCUUCCGGGGUUUCACUCAAUUGAACCAAGCAUCACCGUUCAAAAGGCAGCUUAGUUUACGGAUUAACGAUCUUCCUAGCAAUCUUGAACGCACACGUAGCCAUAGCCUUGAACCGACGGAUUUGUCACGGAUGCCAUCUGCUAUGUCUCACAUCGUACCUCUGAAGCCACCAGUUAGUCCAAUACCAGAAAUAUCACCCGGGGGUCAAGAUAGCGUUUCAGCGAUGUGUCAGCAGCUUUCACAAGGGCUUUCUCUUCUUUCGAGGACCGACGACUUCGGACCAAUCUCUACGCAAAGCAGUACAAGCUCUGUGGCUAAACAGCUCUUCACCAGUACCACCGCUAAUAAUACUCCACCAGUGACGAGUAGCAACUCGUUGGACGAAUUAAAACUGCAAAAUGGUCCAAGUUUGAACAACAAUAACAACAACAACAAUAACGAAAAGAACGACGAUCUCAGUAAUCUGAAUCACGUUGGACCCAGUUGGCAGGAAGCUCCGUCACCUGUUCUGGCUUCGAAUCACAGGCUUACACCAAUCUUGAAUAAAACCAGCAAUCUCAGUCCCAUCCUUCCAAGAACGAACGCGCCUACACCGAUAGUUAUGAGUACCCCCGCACCCAACACCACUGUCAGCGUGUUUGGAACAUCAGCCUCGGCCAGUCCAGCCUUCAGCACAGCGUCCACGUCCUCCUUAGGAAAUGCACCCACACCGGCUAUGAAUAGGUCACCGAUACCAGUGACUUCAGUGAUGACUCCCAAGACCAGCUCACCGACUGCUACUAGUAUGGCAUCCGUCUCACCGGCUCUAUCUGGAAAGAUUUCUAAUAAUGUUAGUCAAAUUAAUCAAACCUCAGUGGCGAAUACUAUUACUACAUCAGCGGUUCAAUCAGUUUCAACAACAACCGCAUUGCCAAAACCGGAGCAAUGGUUGGGCAGUAUAACCAGCUCGGUACCACCUUCAGUGCAAUCUCCUUCGCAAGGACAAAUAAGUCCUCGACGGGCACCACCUCUUCACGCGAGGGCGCUCUCCCUCGGUUCAGCCGCCAUGAAUCAGGCGACCAGAACCGGUCCUUCGGAUCCAUUCGACGCGGAAUGGGCGGAAAUAGCGGCGAGGAAUCUGCGACAAUCGAGCACCACAAACCCGUUCAUAAUGCCAAACGCGACCCAAGCAUUCCAGGUGCAAUUGUAGCGCCAGGAGUUUGUCAACAGCGUGGCCAAGUACUUCCGUUCGAACACAUAGUGACGACUCCACGUCCGUUCGCGUUUCGACCUCUCGAAUAACCGGAAGUAUUACACGUGAACCGUUUAGUUAAUCUUGAUGGAAUCGCGUGGUUUCAAAUGAGUAAUUCUCCAAUGGAGAUUCCGGAUGAUUGGUCACGGUAAAGAGCCGUGUGAUGAAGAGGGACCUCCAUGAAAAGCGAGGGAUGGAGAUAUCGAUCUCGAAGAGAUGUGUUUAGUAGCAAUGAUUGAUAUAGAAGCAAAUCAGCACAAAACACGUACCCGUUGUUUCUAGAUAUUAGUAGAUUACGCACACACAGCCUCAAUAACCUCGAAUGAAUACGAGAAGAGUGAGAGGAAAUAUGAAUUUGAAAUAAAGAAAAAAAAAAAAAAAAAUGCUUUCUGGGACCACGCGUUCGAUCGCGUUGGUGAACGUGGAUUAUUUAAUUAAGAGAUCCAUACGGUCGAUCGAUCGGCCGAGUCGCACGAUUUACUUUAGAUGUCGUCGCACUUUAUCUGCGGAAAAAACUAGAUAACGUCGUUAAUAUCGAUAACAUAUUUAAAUGUCUAUCGUGAGAUUAUUACUUAAUUAAACGAGAUGUACAAUAAUCUUGAAUAGUUUAGGCUAAAAACGAUUAUCGUUCAUUCUGCAUGAUGAAACAAAAUUUCCACGCACCCAAGAUUAUGAUGCACGAAUCAGAUGUUUCGUCGAAGAUAAAAAACGUAAAAAAAAAAAGGAGAAAAAAUACAAAAAAAUAAAUAAGAUACGAGAAAUAAUAUGAAAAUAACAAUGCUAGUAGCUUAGUUCGAAUGCAAAUCCACGCGAUAAACGUGGCUCGAUAAAAACAAUUAUUAUCAGAUAGUUAUUUUUCUUUUCAAACGGCCAACAACCGAAAGGUGCGUAAAUGAAAAAUUCUGUCGUAUUUACCCGGCUCGAAAUAUCAAGAAUUGUCAAGUUUUAUUAACGAUGAGCAAAAAAAAAACUUAGAUAACAAAAUAAACAAAAAAACAAAUUAAAAAAAAGAAAAAAAGUUAUGACCGAGUACUUAUAAAUUCAUUGAUACUUAUAAAUUGGAUUGAUACUGGCGCAAUUGAACACCAAAAUAGCGGACUGUGAUACAUGUAGCCAAAAUGGCCAGUACUUAAACGCAAACAAUCAGAUUGUCAUAAAUUUUGCUCAAAAGUUUCUCCGCCUGAAACGACAGAGAAAAAACGGUUACGAGCUUGGGUAGCGCAGAAUCUAUUGUUCCCUGGCCAACAGAAUUAAUCACACAAAUCCUAAACACACGCAUAUACAACUUAGAAUAUUUAAGAGCAAAAAUUAGAUGUUAAAAAAGUUUCUAGAAUCAGUACGUUCCACGCUAUUGUUGUCUAAUAUCGUACAUACAAGCGGGUUAAGCAUUCAUUGUAAAAGAUUGUUUUGAAAUUUGAGAGGAUGUAUUGAGGUGUGUAGAUGAACGAUACGACAUUGUGGUUUUGCAGCAGUGGUGUUGUGUUGUUCGAUAGCUUUAUAUAUUUAAAUAGCGUCGUAUAAUCGUAUACAUUGCGCUAUUUAGAUUUGAUGUGAUUCGAUACUUUUAUAUGUCCAAUGUCAGAAUCCUAUUAUUGUAAUUUUAUUGAAUUAUUGGAAUAUGUAAAUCUGUCGAAUUGCAUAAUGAUAUUAGUGCAACAUUAUAAAGAUAUUGAAUCGUAUAUUGUCACCGCUGAAAAAUCGUAAAACGUAUUAUACAUUUACAUCAAGUAUUACAAAUAUUGUCUGCAGAUUUGCCUGCACAUAGAUUUUUAAAUACCUACAGAAAAAUAUAGCACGAAAUUAUAGUAUACGAUAUAUGAUGUAACAAUUUAUGUAAUACUAGUGGAAGAGAUAUAUGUAGAUUCAAUCAUACAGUCAAGUUAUACAGUCAUAUCUCUUUUUGUUUCAAAAUAUAUAAAUUAUGAAUUUGAUGAAUUUUACUGAUCUCAUAAUAUCUUUUCUACCAGCGAUAAUUAUUUGUAAAUAAUUUAUGCGAACUAUUUGCAGACAAUGUUUGUAAACUAUGCCUUUAGAUGAAAAAUGGCUCGCGCACACGUAAUAGGGUACAUAAAAGGUGCUUCCGCUUGAAACAAGACCAAAAAAAGCACACACAAGAAAAAUAUAAAAGAAUAAGAGAAUAAAACGAAGAUUGUUUCACGAGCCAACAGGAGAGCAACGAUAUGGUGUCGCGUUCCGACGUGAACCUAUAGCACUAUAGAUUGUUAUUCGAAUUAUGUCAAUUGUUGAACGAUUACGGAGAUUUGUGAAUGUUCUCCAUAUCCUAUAUAUUGAUAAACAUGGAGUUAAUGUUGCAUCUUAAAGCUUCUUUCACUUUUAGUCAAUGAAUAAGCUUUUAAUUUCUUGAAUUGAUGAUGAUUUUAUAGCAACCCCUUGCUAUAAUAUAUAUAUAUAUAUAAUCAAAAGUAUCUUUUCUACUUCAAAAGAUACUUUUGAUUAAUAAUAAUAUACUCUUACAGAGAAAAAUUAAAGAAAAGAUUUUCUUUCUUAUAUUACAAGACAAAUUGUUUUAAAUCUAUAAUUUACUUUUCUAUAUGCCAAUAUCUAUAUAUAUA